UUUGACUCAUUUGGUGGUUCAGGGUUUAUGUUAUUCUCCCGAAACGAACCUUCUAAAUAUUGUUCCGAGAGCAAGAAUUCAAGAGCAAAAAAUAAUUCCUUUGCCUUUUCCGAUACAGUCGCGAUCGUCGUGUCCUUCUCCCUAUAUCUCUUCCUCUAUCUUCUCUCACCUCGAAAAACACCUGAUGCCUUCAUCGGUAGCACCUGUCUCAGAACCUUUGAAUCUGAACAACCCAGAUAGUGAGAUUGGCUUCUAUCUCUCUGAUCUCCUAAACCCUUAGAUCUCUCUUAUCUCUUCACUCUGUCUUCAGAGAACUCUCAAUUCCUAUCUUCCUUCUUCUUGAAUCAGAAUCAGUGUAGCCUUGUAGAGGAAGCAAUCCAAUUCUGGUAAUCUGGUUCAUUAGAGAUGGCUUGCAGGCACAGCAUCUCCACGAAGGUAACCUAUCUCAGGCAAAGGUUCCAUCCAUCCUUUAGCUUUCUUCUUCAUGAUGUGGAUGGCAAAGACCAACCUUCUGUUGCAAAUCCUUCCCAAACAACAAUCAGUCAUUAUUUGCAACGAGGGCCGUGCAUCAGUAACUUCAAUGGUUCAGCUUCUGGCUUUGGUUGUCUGCUUCAACAGAACAGAAGUUCUUCCGUCUAUGUCCUUCCAGGGCUUGGGUCUUCAUUUUCUAGGCAUAUGUUGAGUAGUAUUGCAGACGGCUCAGAUAAGAUUGAGUAUGCGAGUGAUAUUGCAAAUGUCCUCACGGAGAAGGGUGUGGAAGUGGCAGCCUCCCAGGCCCCUAUUGUGAAUGAAGUGGCUAUUGCAGCUGCUGAUUCUUUCUAUCCUGUUGCAGCCUUGCAGUACUUAAUUGAUGGAAUUCAUUCUUUUACUGGCUUGAAUUGGUGGGCAUCCAUUGCUCUAACAACUGUCUUGAUUCGAGGGGCUACAGUUCCUCUCCUAAUAAAUCAACUCAAAGCUAGUUCAAAGCUCAAUCUGAUGAGGCCACAUCUUGAGGAGAUUAGACAACAGAUGCAAGUUACGGGAAUGGAUCCUAACGCUAUGGCAGAGGGUCAGAAACGGAUGCAGGCACUAUUCAAGGAGUAUGGGGUCACUCCAUUCACUCCAUUGAAGGGACUUCUUAUCCAAGGUCCUGUUUUUGUCAGCUUCUUCUUCGCUAUUUCAAAUAUGGUGGAGAAAGUUCCCUCUUUCAAAGCAGGUGGAGCAUUCUGGUUUACGGAUCUCACAACUCCUGAUAGUUUAUACAUCUUUCCAGUUCUGACAGCAUUAACCUUCUUGAUAACUGUGGAGUGCAACAUGCAAGAAGGUAUGGAAGGUAAUCCUGUUGCUGGUACCAUGAAAAACUUUUCCAGGAUCCUUGCUGUUCUUACAGUUCCAUUCACCAUGAGCUUCCCUAAGGCAAUAUUUUGUUACUGGAUGACCUCCAACCUGUUCUCGCUUUUUUAUGGACUAGUACUGAGACAACCUGCAGUGAAGGAGUUUUUGAAUCUUCCCAAAUUACCUGUUGCACCUACUCCAGCUUCGCAUUCUGCCUUUUCUUCAAUGUUCAAACCUUCUACAUCAGCUACACCAGAAUCUUCUCCAGCUGCUGAGUCAUCAAAGUCUAUGGAUCGGAGAAUAUCUUCGUCUUCAGUUCUCAGUCAAAGGCUAAGGAGUCUAGAGAAACAAGUGAAGGGAAGAAAGAACAACAAAAAGAGAUGAAAAUGCAGCUUAAAAAUCACUACAGUUCUAGUUUUCAUUUUGAGAUUCAACUGGACUUUCCAGUGGAAUAAAUACGGCAUUUGUUCAGAGAGAGAGAGAGAAAGAGAGAGAGAAGAUAGCUGUAGAAGCUUUGAUCCAGAGUAUUGUAAUUCUUUUUUACGAUUAUGGACAUUUUGAGGUACACUGGAGAAUUUUUUGUUCUCUUGAUUGAGUGGAUGCUUAUAGGUCUGUCAAUUAUUGACAUUCUUGGAAUAUAAAAAGUUGUAAUAUUAUGAAAAAAGUGCAAAUAGUUUUGAUUUAAUAAUGAGUAUGGACAUUUUGAGUUUUUGGUCA